AUGGAGUUCAUGACCGCCCUCCGGGGCUCGUUCGACGACCAGAAACCCUCCCUCUUCGAGCUCAUCUCCGAACAGCAGCUCAAUUCCCUCCUCCCACCAACCAUCCGCUACCUCCUCGUCGUCGCGACGCAGCGUUACCCGCGCUACUUCCUGCGCGCCCUCAACUCCUUCGAUGAGCUCUACGCCCUGUGCAUGCUCGUCGUCGAGCGCCACUACCUCAAGACCCGCGGCGGCAGUUUUACCGAGAACUUUUACGGCCUCAAGCGCGAAAAGGCCCUGCACGCCGAGAUCCCGCGCGCCAGCGCCUCCGCCCCAAGCGUUGUCAGAGAUACCCUGAAGCUGAGCACCAAGGAUGUGUGGAUGAACCUCGCCGUUAUCGUUGGCAUUCCCUACCUGCGGCGGAAGCUAGACGAGGGCUAUGAGGUCAACGCGCCGCGCGCCCUCCUCGGCGCCGCGUACACCCAGAUGCCGCCGAACCCGACGAUGAAGCAGCGCUUCCUGCACUACUACCGCUGGUUCCUGCGCAACAUCUACCCGAGCGUCAACGCGGCGUACUACUUUGCGCUGCUGUCCUUCAACCUGGCGUACCUAUUCGACAACAGCAAGUACCACAACCCGUUCCUGUGGCUCAUCGGCACCCGCAUGCGGAGGAUGACGGGAGCCGACUACCAGGCCAUCGACGCGCUGACGAGCGGCAAGCCGGGCAGCAAGGCCGGGGCGCCCCCGGGGUGGCGAUCGCUGUUUUCGCCGCGGGAGAUGGGCCCGCGUCUGCUCUCCAGCCUGUCGCUGCUGCUGCCCAUGAGCAUAUUUGCGCUCAAGUUCCUCGAGUGGUGGCACGCGUCGGACUUUGCCAAGCAGCUGUCGCGCAAGGCGACGGAGACGCUGGAUCUCCCGCCGCCCGUGGUGUCGGGCCUUGGGGGCGGCAAGGGAGGAGCUGGUGUCGCCAAGGGCGGCGCCGAGAAGGGCAAGGGCAAGGAGAAGGCCGCUGCUGGUGGCGGUGACGACGACGCGGCUGUCCCGGCUGCUGAGACGGCGCCCAUUGCGACGCCGUCGCUGCUGCCCAUCUACACGGUGCCCGCGCCCGAGGACUCGUCAUUGUGCCCUAUUUGCGCGGAUGCCAUCGUCACGCCAACCGCGUGCCAGACGGGUAUCGUUUACUGCUACACGUGCAUCCACCGCUGGAUAGAGGGCUUGCACCCUAUGCAGGAGGAGUUCAUGGGGGACAAGGAGGGCAAGUGGGAGAGCGGGCAGGGGCGGUGCGCGGUUACCGGCCGACGUGUCCUUGGAGGCACGGAGGGGUUGAGGAGGAUUAUGGUGUAA